AUGCAUGGCUUCAUCAACGCUCGCAGACAGCACUCUCAAGACUGUACGCAGAUACAAGAUGUUGUAGAGAGUAGAAAGGAGGAGAUAAAGAGUGGAAGCCCCGCUGUAGUAGAGAGCGGAAGCCCCGCUGUAGUACAGAGUGGAUUCCCUGCUGUGGUAGAGAGUGGAAGCCCCGCUGUAGUACAGAGUGGAUUCCCUGCUGUGGUAGAGAGUGGAAGCCCCGCUGUAGUGCAGAGUGGAUUCCCUGCUGUAGUAGAGAGUGGAAGCCCCGCUGUAGUAGAGAGUGGAAGCCCCGCUGUAGUAGAGAGUGGAUUACCUGCUGCAGUACAGAGUGGAAGCCCCGCUGUAGUAGAGAGUGGAUUCCCUGCUGUGGUAGAGAGUGGAAGCCCUGCUAUAGUAGAGAGUGGAACACUCCUGCAGUAA